AAGAUGAUGGUCCUGGCCGCCGCAUUCGGCGCCUCGUUUGUGGCGGGCGCCAUGUUUGUGAUCCUGCUGCAGUUCUACCUCAUGUUCCGGGUCAUCACGUUACCCGCGCUGCACCGCGAGAAGGUCGGCAAGAAGUAUAUACCCGCCACCGUACCUCAGAAACUUCUCAAAGCAGUCACGAACGAAGAUUGGAAGAAAGAGCGUGACACAUUGCUCGUGGCCAACCUCGCUUCCCAGUUUUUAUUCCGGGAGUGGAAGGACUCCGCUCUGAUCCGCCGCGUCUUUUUCUCGAAAUUGAACAAGGCGUUUCGCGCGGUUCUUCGUGGUCCGGCCAGCAAGGUCUUAAGCAAACUUCAGGUGCGAGAGAUUGACUUCGGUAACGACUUUGUGAGCGUCAACAAGAUAGCUGUUGAAAGCGUCACCCUGCACGAGAUAUGGAAGACAAUCGAGGAGCUGGACGUGUUUUGCAACGUCGAGUACCCGGGCGGCUUCACCAUCGGCAUCGACGCCGAGCUCAACAUGGGAGCGCUGGCGUCCGUGGUCAUCAAGGUUCAACACUUGGCAGUCAAAGGCCGCCUGCAGUUUUCCCGGAAGCCGUACACCCAUUGGUCCUUCGCCUGUUACGAGGAGCCGAGAGUCUCCCUAACAGUCGAGUCAUCGCUUCAGGGCCAAAAUUAUCCGCAGUUAGCGAGAGCAGUAACUGGACUGGUGAGACGCAAGCUUCGGGCCAAGUUCAACCUGCCGACUUACUCGAUAAUGAUCAAGCCGUUCUUCCUGAUCCCCGAGCUGCGCGUCCUGUCCACGCACCACGAGAAGCUGAGCCAGAACGGGACCCUCGAGAUAACGGUCGUCGAGUGCUCCAGGCUUGUGCUCUGUGAAGGCUCCUUCCAGCUGUACUGCAUGAUCUCCUUGGACGAGUUGGAGUGGAUUGACAUGGACGAAGUGCUGGGGACGCCGUGGCAGAACAUUUCCCUCGAGCUGUGUAAGCCGGUCGGCACAGCCGUCGGAGUCGAAUUCAGGAACAAAACGGUCGAAGGGAGACGCCGCGAAGUCGUCUACGUCGAGAGCCUCGCUCGCAACUCUCCGCUCGCCGCCGGCGGGCUUCAGAUGGGCGACUUGAUUGCCACCAUCGAUGGAAUCCGUAUCGUCGACUUCAAGCAAGCCGCCAAGGUCCUUUCUAAAGCCGGACAGCUGGUCAUCAUGAACGUCCAGAGAAAGAAGGAUUUCAAGUGGGACAAGAAAAUGGCUCUCAGCUUCUCAACGCCGUCAGAAUACGAGGACCAUACGCUGACUCAGGAAGACAAAACGAAGAUAAGUAACAAGACUACCGAUUUCAACAGCAGCGACCGUCCGGAGAAGAAAGGCGACAGCGCGGCGAUUCUUAUCAGAGCCAAGAACAAGGGCUUUCCGAUAAAACGUACUACUUACGUUCUCUCCAACCGGGAGCCUGUGUUCCUGGAGUCGUUCAGUUUCGAAGUGAAGAAUCACUACCGCUUCAUCAACGUGGGUGUCUGGAGCAAGGGCCAGAUCAUUAGCCUGCAAGGUGUCAAGAAGCCCCGCAUAGACACCAUGCUUGGAUACACCGCCAUCCCCGUGUCCCACGUGCUGGAGGAGUGCCUGAAGACCACCGAAGGCUACCACGGCGAAGUCGUCAAGCUCUUGUGUCCACAUUUCACUAGGGUUCCCAAGGACUUCCACAAGUACGCCACCUUGUCGGGCUUCGACCCGCGUCACUGCUACGGCGACAUCACGCUUCGAUUCCUGUUCAAGGGCGAGUACAAGGUCAAGGGCGCCCAGCUCAGCUUCGAGCGCACCCGCGAGCACAAGGAGGAUGAGCUUGCGGGACCCGUCGUCACUGCCGUCGACGAAACGCGGCCCACGACUCCAACGUCCGCGAAGUCCUUGUGUCACGAUUUCGAGGAAGUCAUACUUAAGAAGGCAACGACUUGCAAGUUCUGCAAUACCAGGAUCUGGCUCAACAGGGGCAUGCGUUGCAAGGUCUGCAGGAUGAUCAUCCACAACAAGUGCCUCGAUAAGACUAUGCAGAUGACCACGUGCAAGCAGAAAAUGUGGCCGGAGGAAGAUGCAGAGCCUGUAGCUGGUUCCACUUAA